AUGUUGCUUUCCAAAUCUAAUUCCUCAGACAGCAACUACCGAACAACAACAACAACAACAACAACAACAACAGUACAAACAAACACAGCAUGUGAUCAAAGUUCGAAUGUGUCAGAUUCAGGUGUGAAAUCGAUUGUGCCAGAUAAUUCUUCCAACGACUCGUGUGUGUCGAAACUAAUCUCGCACAAAGAAUACGAUCUUUUAACAUCACAGACCAAUGACAACGAGACUACCUUCAAUUACGAACUUUCCAGUUUUAUUACCAAAGUAGAACAGGUUUCUGAUAUAUUAACAAUCGAUUCAACAACUAAUACUAAUCAAGAUAAACAUCCCUUGGCAAUCAUAAAAAAACCAUCACGUUCAUCUCCUAUUCUUCAUCGAUUAUUACUGUCUCCAACAAAGCCUGCAAAAAUAUUAACAACUGGUAAUAUAUCAUCUCCUCAACAUGUUUUAGCAGAUAAUCAUACUGAUGAAUAUCGAAAUGAUAAAAGUCCGCAAUAUCGACCGAGGCAUUCAUCAGUUUAUCCAUUCGACAAACCAUCAACACCGUCUGAGAAUAUUCUCAACAAAACUUCAAGUAUUCCUCGAAAGUCAUGCCGAUCACCGGUCUAUACUCGACGUUCUCAACAGCAGCGAUUCAAAAUAAUCAACACGAAAUGCGAUCCAGAAUCUUUACUAUUUCAGCCAAUAGCAUUACUGUCCUUGGAUACGAAUGGAAAUCUGUUACAAAGCGAUCAUCGACAAGUCAAUUCUUCGAACAAGAACAAACGAGCACUUGAAUCUUCCUGUUCUGAGCAGAUUUUGAUUAAACGUCGUCAUCAAAAGUCAAUCCCAAUAAUUAUUGUCCAAAGACAUUAUUGUGUCACCUAUCCAACGAAUAUUCAACGAUGCGUUGAUUGCCAGACAAUAGAUCCACCCGAUUUAACAAUGCAUCUCUCCGGCUGCCGAUUUCAAUAUUGUCGAACCUUGCAAUAUCUCGGUGAUGAUCGUUAUGAAGUUGAUGGAUUUACGACACCUGACAAAGCGAAAUCUCAGGAUCUUGAACAUAUCGUUGUUCCGAACUCGAGUGAUCAACCGGCGCUGAGUUUCAUCAGUGCGAACUACGUACUGACUCAGAUAUCGAAAUUGUUCUGUUUGAUGCUUGCAUACGAACAAGCUCAACAAUCAAUACAAACUGAAAAGCAAAUUAUCUGGAAACGGUAUGUAUCAGGCUGGAGAGAAGUUUGUGAUGAAUGUUUGACAACAUUGUUCAAUUAUCACUACAUGUGCAAACAAUGUGGAUAUAUGGUUUGCAUUGAAUGUUUAAAUGAGUUCGCGCAAAUGACACCUGAAAAGCGCAAAAAAUUAAAACGUGCAUGUAUGCAUCAAAAUUCGUUUUGUUUGUCAGAGUUUAUACCAUGGAAUAUUUUGACAAAGCUACGUUUGGACUGUAUAGAUUACCUUUCAAAAUUACGAAUUGAUUACUCGAUAAGAUUUCACCAUUCAUCACGAAAUGAGAAUCUUUCAAUCUUUAUUAAAAGUUUAAAAAUGAAACGGUUAUACGAGAUACGCGAUAUUCAAAAGACCUGGUCCGCUAUCGAUUGUGAUUACGAUUCCAAUAUCGAAUUCUAUUGUAAUGGUCGUUUACCUGUUUUCAACGAAUGGCAUAGUGAGAAUGCUAAAUGUUUUUUUCAACGUGUAUGGGCGGCUAGUUGCCCAGUACUGGUUAAACGAGUUCAUCGUAAUCUAUCGAAAACUCUAUGGCAUCCGAAUGCAUUUAAAGGACACAUGCUUGAUCAUCGUGAUACACCAGCAUUGUGGGAUUGUGAAACGUUGACACCCAUUCCAACAAACGAGACAAUUCUAACACAAUUCUGGGAUGGAUUUGAACACUUAGACGUUCGAUUGAGAGAUCCUGAACAUGGUGGACGCAUGCGAAUUCUUAAAUUGAAAGAUUGGCCAACAAAAAAAGAUUUUGCAUCCGUUUUUCCAACACGUCUACAUGAUUUGAUGACAAACAUUCCGUUUGGUGACUACACUCGACGGUCGUAUCAAUAUGAUGGCAUCACGUAUCAUGGCGGAGUUUUGAAUAUUGUCGAACGUUUACCAGCGUGUCUUGUCAAGCCUGAUCUAGGACCGAAACUCUACAUUGCCUAUAGUCAGUUAAUCAGCCAAUCAUCGAGAAAAGCUGGUACUACCAAUCUUCAUAUUGAUGUAUCGGAUGCUAUUAAUGUUCUCGUCUACGUUGGUGUUGGUGGUCAUGGUGAAGAUGGAUGUGAUACUGAAGAAGAACUUCGACAAGUUGAACAGGAAAUACUUCAGUCGAACAUCGACGAAGUUCAAUUGCAGCGAUUAAGGAGCGGCGAGCGACCCGGAGCAUUGUGGCAUUUGUUUCGUUCGGAUGACGCGAUGAAAAUUCGUGAAUACAUUAGUCGAACUAAACGGAAAGUAGCUGGAACUGAUUCUAUACAUGAUCAAACAGCUUACUUAGAAAAAGAAGAUUUAGCUAAUUUGAAGUCCAGUUGUCAAGUCGAAGUAUAUCCUAUUGUUCAAUUUCUUGGUGAUGCGAUUUUUAUACCGAGUGGCGCACCUCAUCAAGUAAAAAAUCUUCAUUCGUGUAUCAAAAUUGCCGAAGAUUUUGUUUCACCCGAAAAUCUCGAUCGAUGCUUAAUAACCACGAAUGAAUUUCGAUCACUAUCCAACACUCAUACAAACCAUGCUGAUAUCCUUCAAGCGAAAAAUAUACUUUUCUACACCACACGCGAUGCAUUACAUUCGUUGAGUGAAUCCCAUGAGCCUCGUUCGUAA